GAUUGCGUGUCUUCGUGCCUAUUCCAUCUGUAUUGACAGUUCAUUGCAUAUAACUCAAAUCAACUUAAUAUUCCUACUUUUUCUUAAAAAUAUGGACGUUAUGGAAUCUCCCAAAAAAUCAUUUGGAAACAAUGUACAAAAUAAUACCUCAAAAACAACCCAUUUUCAAGUACCCAGUAGUGUCUUAAUCGAUGAAAUAAACGAUGUCGGCAGUGAUUGUGUCGAUAAAAACGUUACUUUAAAGAAUGCAACGAAUUUUCAUCCAUUAAUGUCUCCGAUAUCACAAGACUUUCCAGAUUUGAUACCCAAACAAGCCAAAGUUAAUAUCUAUGAGGAGCAUUUUCAUCCAGAAGCUCACAGUUCUGUUAAUGAAUUGUAUGAACCUGGAGAAAGACAAAAUGAAGAUUUGUCUACAGACUUACCAGAAUUUCCAAGUAGUCCUUCAUUAUUAAGAAAAUCCAUAUUGGGUGAUGUAUCUGUUGAAAUUACUCCAAAUGAUGUUAUCAGUGAUACUGAAUAUGAGAAUGAUAAAUCUGUUUAUGAAGCUCAUCUUAGUUCGAAUUUGCAAAAUGUAUCUCUUAAAUUAAAUGAAAAAGAAGGUAAUUUAAAUUUCCUAGCUCACAAUAAAAGGAGCAACAAAUUGAGAAAGAUUAAAGUUGUGCAAACACAACUUAGUGAUGAUAGUGAUGUUUCUUCUGCUGAUACAAAUACUGAUAGUUUGAAGUCUGAAGAUGUUUUCAAUGGAGAAGUAGAAGAGUUUGCAAGAAAGUUGGAUGAUGGUAAUUCGGAUAUAGACGAUGAUUUAGAUGAAUCCCAUUCAGCAGAAGGCUCAGCCGCUACGAAAUCUCGCCGACGACUUACGGUGUUUACGAGUGAGCAAUUAUUAGAACUAGGAAGAGAAUUUCGUGCGAGAAAAUACCUUUCGCUUACAGAACGAAGCCAAAUAGCUUCUGCACUUCGACUGAGCGAAGUUCAAGUUAAAAUUUGGUUCCAGAAUCGAAGAGCGAAGUGGAAAAGAGUACAGGCUGGCCUUGGUAGUGAACCGCACCAAGGAGUUAAGAAUUCCCACCAGAAAAGUAAACUUGUAGUGCCCAUUCCAGUACACGUUAACAGAUUUGCAGUUAGAAGUCAGCAUCAGCAGUUAGAACGAGCUCUUGGUGAUUUGCCCGGUAGAGUAUUAGCUAGUCAUGCAGCGUUAAGAGCUGGUUUAGACUUACAUGGAUUCCAUACUCAAGCUCCGCCCCACUAGAUAUAAAACUAGACAUUUAUAGAAACUAGUGAUUCAGAUGUGAUGUAAAAGUACGGCUCAAAGAUCAUGUCGUGUUUCUUGUGAAUACUGAUAUGUUAGUACGACGAUUUAAUUUUAUAAAUGUUUUAUUUACAGGGUAUUUCUUUGUUAUAUUUUUAGCUUGAAUAGCAAUUAAACAUUUUGUUUAAAUUUUUUUAACAUUCAAAUAGGACACAAAGAUAAGAAACACCCUGUAUAAUAACCCUGAACUUUUAGAAUUCUCAAAAACACUGAAAACUUUUUUCAACAAUGUUAAACUUUUUCAUGUAUUAACCUUUACAUAAUAUGUAUUUACUACAAUUUUAUUUGGUAUUUUACACCUUUUCUACAACAGUAUUAGGGGGUUGAAAAAUAAACGAUUUCUUCACCACAACUACAAAACAAAAAUGUAAAUCUCACAUAGACACACUGCGAGGCAUAAAUUCGGGAUAGGUAUAGAAAAUUAUGCUCAAUUUCUUAGUACAUUUUUUCGUGAAGAGAUUAACCGAUUCCGCUAAUUUUAUUUUAUGUUUUACAUUUUCUUUAAUAUUUACACAGUUUUUUUUUUAUUUUAUUUUUUUUAUAUAAUUGGCUUUGGCAUGAACCAAUUAGCCAGACUUAUUUUUUAUUUAUGAUAUAUAAAGGGAGCAUUUUUUUGAUCCAAUAUAAAUAAAUUGAUUUUUCAAAUUCUCACACCCUAGGAUAAAUGUUUUGUGUUAGUAAAAUGUGUGUUUCUGUUUAGUGCAUUUUUUUAUAUGUAUAUUUUUUUUAAUUAUAUUUUUGUUUUUUUUAAUGCUUUAUUUAUGUAGUAUUUUGUUUAGUUUUAUUUCCUUUUUUUUCAUUGUUUUUUUUUGUUUUUUUUUAUUUGUUUAUCAUUAUUUUACUUUUUUUUUAACUUUUUUUUUAAAUUUUUUUUUAUGUUAAUUUUUUCGUGAACACACUUACAAUAAUAUUUUGUAUCGCAGAAUUGCUUACAAUGGUGUUAGUUUUUUACAAUUUCAUUUUGCAACGAAUUAAAUGAUUAUACAAACAUUGAUAUAAGUUAAUAUUAUUACUAAAAAUUAUACAAUUUAGACUGGUUGGCAAACAGAAUUUGAGAUUUACCAUUUCUUCGAAAAAUGAUUCUAUGCUCUUCUUAUUUCUUGAACAUUCUAGGAUUACAUGGUUCAUAUCACCAACUUCUCCGCAUGGACAAUAUGGGUUUUCAUCCAGUCCUAUUUUAUAUUUGUACAAAGGAGUCAUAGCAUGAUUAGAUCUUAUUCUGUUUAUUGUAACAAUGAAGUUUCGUUUGGUUAAUUCAUGAAACCAGCUUUUCAAUGGUAUGUUAUUUUGGUGGCCGACAUAGUUAAGCCCUGUGACUGAUGAAUUAUAUUCUUGCUGCCACAAUUGUUUUAAAUGUGAAGUAAACUUGGAGGUAAGAUCUGUAUAUGGAACAAUAUUGGUGGUUAGAUGGUAGCCUGUGUCAGUGGCUGAUUUGGCUAGUGUAUCCACUGCAUCAUUACCUUUUAUUCCUGAGUGCCCUUUAAUCCACACUACAGUUAUUGUUUUCCUUUGUUUUGUUGCUUCAAAGUUCAGUUUUAAUAUUUCUGCCUCUAUGUUAGUAAGGUUUUUCGAUGAUUUCAAGUUUGUUAUUCGGUCAACUGCACUUUUACUGUCAGUGAAUAUAACAUGAUUCUGUGUGUUUCUCGAAUGGACGUAUCUAAAUGCAUUUGCUAUGGCAAUUGUUUCGGCGGUAUAUAUGGAACACUCAUCUGGUAGCUUAAACUUGUAAUAUUGGGAAGAGUUUGCGUCAUAAAAGGCACAGCCUACUUUUCCAUUCAACUUGGAUCCGUCAGUAUAUAUGUAUUGGUGUUCAGGCCAUCUUCCAUUAAUGGUUUCUAGAAAGUUUUUUUUUGGGUCCAGGUAGUAUGUUUUUAUAUGUUUUGAAAAGAAAACAUGGGGAGGUUCGGUGUAGAUAGGUAUAGUUUUGUUGAUAGACAGGGAGUUACAGAUUUGUGCCAGUGUGGUAUAGCUGUUUACUAGGAGUGGAGUAGCUUUUGAGUGCCAAUAUGGAUGGGUGAGUACUAGGACAGUGAGGUCGUGAAUGUUACGAAGAUAGCUGGCUUCUUUGGAUAUGGCUUUAGCCAUAAAUUUAUGACUAAUUAGCUGCCUUCUGAAAGAUAGUGGAGGUUCUACAGAUUCGACUUCUAUAAUAUUUAUUGGGGUAGAUUUAAGAUAACCAAGACAUAUUCUCAAACUUGUGUUUUUCUGGGUCUCUAUUUUGUUUCGGUGAGUAUGUGCUGCUGUUCCAUAUAGGUGACUGCCAUAGUCUAAUAUACUUCUAACCAUUGUUUUAUAGAACAGUAAAGCGGUAUUUGGAUCUGCUCCCCAUUUGGUAUGGCAGAAUGCUCUCAAAAUAUUCAUAGCGUUCUCGGUUUUUUUAUUGCAUGGUGGAUGGUAUCUUUCCACAGUAAUUUUCUGUCUAAAUAGAGUCCAAGGUAUUUAACACAAUUUUUGAUUGGAAGAAGAUAUGGUCCCAGUUGUAACUGUACUUGAGUUAUGUCCCUUUUUUUAGUAAAAAUACACACUUCAGAUUUUUUUUCAGAAAGAAUUAAGUUGUUUGAAUCUAACCAGUGCUUAACUGACCAUAGGUUUGUGUUUAAAAUGUUCUGACAAUUUGAAAUAGUAGUACCGUUGGUGUAGAUAACUAUAUCAUCAGCAAACUGUAUCAUAUUCACGUUAUUCAAAUUUACUUCGAAGUCCAUUGUAUAUAGUAUAAAAAGUAGCGGGCUGAGUAUGCUGCCUUGAGGGAGUCCUAAAUUCGAUGUUCGGGAUCCUUGAAGAUUUUGGUUUAAUUUUAGUGAAAGUCGUCUAUCGGAGUAUAGUGAAAUUAAAAAUGAACAUAUUUCAUGAGGUAUUCCUAUUGAUGUCAGCUUAUGGUACAAAAUGUUUAAAUUUACGUUAUCAAAAGCCGAGGAAAGGUCAAUAAAAACUGCAGCUGUAUGUUUUUUUAUUGUAUAUCCUGUCAGUAUAUCUGUAACGAGAACAGUAAUAGCUUCGAGAGUGGACCUACAUUUCCGGAAACCAUAUUGUGAGUUUGGUAGGAUGUGUUCAAAUUCUAGCCAUUGUUCUAAUCGAUUCUUUAUUAUUCUUUCCAGAGUUUUAAGAAUACAAGAUGCCAGGGAUAUAGGUCUGUACGAACUUGAGAGGUCUAGCGGUUUGUCUUUCUUUUUAAUAGGUAAUAUUAUAUAGUUCUUCCAGCUAUCCGGAAUAGGACUUGCACCAGUCCAGAUACUAUUAUAGAUUUCUAACAGAGACUUUUUAUGUUUAAAUGGGAGGUGAAACAGCAUGGAGUAAGUUAUAUUGUCCUCGCCUGGUGAAGUAUUAUUAGAUAGUUUCAACGAUCUUUCUAAUUCCCACAUCUCAAAACGUUCAAGUAAGUACAAGUUGUUUCUGGGAACAGUUUUUAAAGAUAACUGAUUGUAUUCUAUGCAUUCUUUUGCCCAGUCUGGUGAGAUUGUGGCAUGGAAUUCUUCUAUCCAAUUCGCUUCCAGAUCAAUAGGUAACUUAUUCUGCUGCUUACGAUUCUUAAAACUAUUUACCUUUUUCCAUACUUCAGUGAUGGGAGUUGUCUGAUUUAGGCUCUCAACAUAUUUCCUCCACUGAAUUCUUUUUGUUUCUUUGAAUGUUUUUUUUGCGAUGGCAUCAACUCGUUUGAAUUCAAGUAAAUUUUGUAUGUUUGGGUUUUCUUUCCAUAAUCUGAAAGCUUCUUUUCUCCUAUGAGCAAUAUUGUUGCAGGUCUCAUUCCACCAUUGUUUUGGUUUGUGCUUCCAGUACUUAUUUCUUAUUAUUGUUCUUUUCGAGAUACAAAUGUUUGCAGCUGAGUUUAUCGUGUCUAUGAAAUUGUGCAAAGUUUUAUUCAAACUUCUUGUUUGUACUUAUACCGGGUGGAAGAAAAGAAAUGUAUUCCUUAUGUUAAGUUUGAGACAUCCUGUAGAGAGGACCAGGUACAAAAGUGAGUAUACAUCAGAAUCGUAUUGUAGUCUUAUGUUUUGUGAACAUUUUAUUUUUGAAUGUCAUUGAUAUCUUAAGAAAUAAAGAAAAUAGACGGUUUUGUAGUUUAACAUGUGAUUUAACCAAAACAAAAGUCUAAGAAAAAAAAAUACUAGAUUUGUUGUAAAAGGUAUAUUUUAAAAUACCCUAAAUAAGGGUCACUAUAAGACAAAACGUUUUCGGAUUAAUAAAUCAAUCAUCAGUGUUCUAAAAGCCAAAAAAUAGCAUGCCUGAGCCACCAAAAUGUGUUGGGUAAAAACCCUUUAAAUGUAAAUGACUAUGUUAUGUUACAUAUUUAUAUAAAAUUUAAAUGGUGUUCUAGAUAUGCCUGAAUGUUACCCAGGACAACACAGGACUCUUCCCACGUGGUUGGAUUUUUUUUUUGAGAAGAGUUUUUUCCAACCACGUGGCAAGAGUCCUGUGUUGCCCUGGGUAACAUCCAUUUUGGUGGCUCAGGCAUGCUAUUUUUUGGCUUUUAGAACACUGAUGAUGGAUUUUUUAAUCCGAAAACGUUUUGUCUUAUUGUAACCCUUAUUUAGGGUAUUUUAAAAUAUACAUUUUACAACAAAUCUAGUAUUUUUGUGAUUUAUGAAACCGGCAGUUUAAAAAUUCUCCAGAACAAUUACAUUACAAAAACUGGCAAUACCGGCCACAUUUCUAUAUCGGCCAAUAGUUCUUUCAUUAUUAGUGGCCGUUACUGACAGGUUUUACUGUACCUAGACAAAGGAAUAAUGAAGUACUUAAUUCCUGAAAUCUUUAAUCUGACAAUCGUCUUUAGACAGUCACAACUUUUUAAAUAAACAUUUUGCAAAGGAAAUAUUAUAAUUAUGUACCUGUUAUUAUAAUAAACCUUGUGAUUGGUAAUAGCUUUGGGACAUUCAAUCAAUGGUUAUAUGUAGUUGAUAAGAGGGAUGGCUUUGAUUACUUUAAUACUUGGUUUAAUAGUUAUUAAUGAUAUAAGUGUUAAAAGUACACGUUUAAGGCACGCAUGUGAAAGUUUGCAGAAUGAGCGAUAGCGAGUUCUGCAAUUCAUAUGAGUGCCUUAAAAAUCUACUUUUUAACACGCAUAUCAUACAAUAUUUUUUCUACAAACGUAAUUACAGGACAAUAUCUACAAAAAUUUUUACUUGAACUUGACUGACAUUCCAUUUUUAUAUUUUUUUGACAUUACAUCAAAAUUGCCUAUACGGUCAAUACGAACUGCAGUGCCUUAAAAUUUUUAAAGCACUAGUGCCUUAAAGUAGCAUUUUUAACGCUCGUUUGGAGUGCUAAGAAUUGCAUUUUUAACACGGUUGUAGAAAAAUACUUUUAUUAUAUUCUGAAACACGAAAUAUGAAAUUCCUUAAAAUGUUUAUCCUGAUACUGAUUCGUUAAAUUGAUAAACAUAGUUUCAUUUAUAACUGUAAUAACAGUUAGUUUCCAUGUUAACAACAAUAAACAGAAUAUGUAAUUCAAUUUUGACGUUACGAAUUGUCCGUUACGAAUUUGUAUAGUUACGAACUGUCGCCGUUAGGAAGUGUCGCCGUUACGAACAGUCGCUGUUACGAAUUGUCCGUUACCAACUGUCCGGUUACGAACUGUCGCGUUACGAGAUGUCAUGGAACCGUUUUAACUGACGACAUGCGAUACGUGAGGAGGCCAUGUCUUAUCAUACCACUAUAUAGAAUGAAAUUAUUUUCUAUAUAUAGCGAGAAAGGAACAGAGUGUUCAACGAAAAAAAAUCUGUGUAAUGUACCUCCCGAUAUUUUAAGAGACGCCACAUAGACUCCAAAUCCGUACUUACUCUCAAGGAAAUUCCACCCCAAAACAUUACAGAGCCUCCAUUAAAUAAUCUUGUCUCUCUACCUACGCUGUGCACACCGCUCACCUGGUCGACAAAUAACUCUUAUAGGUGUCGAUAAGAACUGUUUACGUUGUGUGCCUUUCUGUUUUUAAAGUUUUGUCAACUGUUAUUUUUUAUUGUUAAUUUAGUUUUGUUUCAGUUAAAACACAUGAAAGAGCCACCUAUUUCUUUGUUUCUAAAGAUCGGGGACAUUUAAAAAGCAAAAUGCUCACAAAACAUGAGACUAUAAUACAAUUCUGAUGCGUACCCACAUUUGUACCUCGUCCUCCCUACAGGGUGUCUCAAACUUAACAUAAGAAAAACAUUUCUUUUCCUCCACCCAGUAUAAGUACAAAAAAGAAGUUUGAGUAAACCUUUGCAACUUUGCACAACUGUAUAAAUACUAAAGAAAAAUCUAAAGUAUUUAAAAAAAUUGCGAAAUCCGUUAAUCUGUUCACGAAAAAAAUCAACUAUGAAAAUGAGCAUAAUAUUUUCUAUAUCCCUAACUUAUGCCUCGCAGUAUAUAUACUGAAGGAUCUUGUACAAUUAUUGUACAUAUACAGGGUGAGGCAGAUAACUGGCCUAUUAGAAAUAUCUCGAGAACUAAAGGCAACAGAAUCAUGAAAUUUGGAAUAUAGGGGUUUUGAAGGAUGAUCUAUUAAAUGAAAAUAUUUUCAUCUCUUUGCAACUUCCGGUUAUACCGGAAGUUGCUUAUAACUUGUUUUUUUUUAAAUGGGACACCCUGUAUAUUUUUACAUUUUUGGAUUCUCUUCGAUGUCUUAUUUCUUAAAAUAUGAGGUUUUGUAAUGUUAUGCAGGGUAUUUUAAAAGAUAAUUACGUUUUUUUUAUUAAUUUCGUAGCAAUAUUCACACCCUGUAGAAUUGUAGUAGUUUGACAACUAAAACUCUACUUACUUUCAAAUGAUUUUUAAUAUAGUCUACUAUUGUUAAGAAUCCUUAGCAUAGCUAUAAUUUUAAUUUUAGUAUACAGGGUUGGUCGAAACUCGGAAUGAGUAUUUUCUGAGUUUUCUUAAAUGGAACACCCUGUAUUUUAGUAUUGUAAUGAAAUUAUAUUUUAUGGUACUUUUUUAUUUCUUAAGAAUUCCCUAUACCUAACUGGUUUAAUUUGUGCUUAAUUGUUAAUCGCACCAACAAUCUUAACUAGGCAGGUAUUUUGAUAGCUAAACCAUUAUUGGUAAUUUUAAGAAUCAGUCUGGAUUAAUAUGUAUUUAUUUCUGAAAAAUUACUUAUAAUUAAAUAUUUUCACGGCCAACCUAAUAAAAUUUUACGUAUUUUUUGUUGCAAUUAAUAUUUAGCUUGAAUAACCAAUAACUCACAAAUUAAAGCAGUUAGGUAUAGGGAAUACUUAUAAAAUAAAAAAGUAGUAUGAAAUAUCAUUUCAUUACAAUACUAAAAUACAGGGUGUUCUAUUAAAGAAAACUCAGAAAAUAUUCAUUCCGAGUUUCGACCAACCCUGUAUACUAAAAUUUCAAAAUUAGCUAUACUAAUGAUUCUUAACAAUGAUAGACUAUGUUAAAAAUCACAUAAAAGGCAAGCAGAGUUUUUAGUGUCAAACUAUCACAAUUCUACAGGGUGUGAAUGUUGCUACGAAAUUAAUAAAAAAAACGUAAAUAUCUUUUAAAAUACCCUGUAUAAUAUCACAACAUCUCAUAUUUUUAGAAAGAAGAUAUUGAGGAGAAUCGAAAAAUGUAAAAAUAUACAGGGUGUCCCAUUAAAAAAAACGAAGUUAUAAGCAACUUCCGGUAUAACCGGAAGUUGAAAAGAGAUAAAAAUAUUUUCAUUUAAUAGAUCAUCCUUCAAAACCGAUUCAAUCCAAUUUUCAUGAUUCUGUUGCCUUUAGUUCUCGAGAUAUUUCUAAUAGGCCAGUUAUCUGCCUCACCCUAUAUAUCUACUAAAAUCUAACAAAGAAGUAAGGAAAAUAGUUAAGAGAAACUUAUCAUUCAGCAGACGAUCUUUUACUUAGUAAUUGUAUGUAUUGUUCUCGAGUAAAAAUCGAUUUAUGGGACAAUGUUCAAGGAGAAAAGAAGAAUAAAUUAUGACUGUCAAUGUCCGUGAGCCGAAAUCGCUUUAUAUUAUAUAGUAUUGUAUUGAAUUUCAUUAAUUACAUAAAAAGGAUAAUAAUUAUUUAUGUAUCUUAUCUAGGAUUAAGGUUACAUUAUCGUCCCGUCUUCAUUGACCUGCCCCUUGGUCUCUUAAUUUGUCUUCUUGCUUUCCAUACUUGUUUAACUGGUCUUUGUUGAUUCAUUAUAACCAUGUGUCCAUACCAUCUCAGUUUGGCCUCUUCAAUUUUAUUAAUAAUUGGUUGGGGAGCGUUUAAGUAUUAUGUAACGCGAUUUUUGAAGAUUUUUAACCCCCCUCCUACGUAACGCACUCUUAUGGGAGUUUAACUAUUGCGUAACGCAAUUUUUGAAGAUUUUUGACCCCCCCCCCACCUGGAUUUUGUAAAAUAAGGCAAAAUUUGGAUAUGUGAGAGAAAAUCUCACGCGCGACCACUCGCGUAAUAAUCUACCUAACGACCAAUGCCCGGUUAAGCCAUAAAAUGAUAAGUAUAACCUAAUUAAUAAAAGACAAUGUUGUAAAAGUUGACUUAGUUACAUAACAUCUUAAGGUAAUGUAACUGUCUCAUUUCUAAUCCUGUCUAACCUGGUUAUGCCCAUUAUUCUUCUAAGAAACUUCAUUUCUAUGCUCUGUAUUUUCGUUCUUAAUUUAUCAGUAAGCUUUCACCUUUUACUAUCAAAAGUUGACAUCGGCACAAACAUCGUCUUGUAGAUGGUGAAUUUGGCUUUGCGGGAUAUGCCUUUUUUGGACAAAAACGUACUUUUGAUUGGUGGUACAUACAAGCAGCAUUUUAUAUUCUCAAACUAUUUUAGCUUCUUCAGUUCCUCUGUUCUCUAUUUGUACUCCUAAGUAUUUUUAAGUUUCGACUUCGGUUAAUUUUUAUCUUCGGUUGUUUUCUAUUUUUUCCACAUACCAUUACUUUCGUCUUCUCAUUAUUGAUCCUCAAAUUUCGUUUAAUUAGUGCAGCGUUCCAUACUCGUAAAUUUCGAUUGAGUGCUUCUUCAUUUUUCCCAAAUAUCACUAGAUCGUCUGCGUAUGCACUAUGCACACUCUGAGAUCCACACUGCUUCUAGAUUUCUAUGUCCGGCAUAUAAUUUCAGUGUUUCUGCUCUGGUUUCUUUAAUUAUGUUAUCCAAUACGAUGUUAAAUAGUAUGGGGUCUAGGACUCCCCCUUGACGCAAACCCUUGUUUACUAUGAACUCUUCCGAUUCCGUAUUAUCGGUUCAAACCCUGUUCCUUCUAUGUCUGUAUAAUCAAAGUCUUACUUGAGUUAUUUUUCAAAGUCUUGUAUACUUGUAUAAUCAAAGUCUUAUUUGAGUUACACCUAUUUUUUAAACGUAUGUCUCUCACCUUCCUUGGAGUAUUAUCAGAUGCCUUUUCUAAGUCAAUAAUGGCUUGGUAUAACUCAGUGCUUGAGUUCCGUACGUUCUGUAUUAGUUUCUUGAUAGUAAAAAUGUGGUCUUGGAUGUUUUGCCUUUUCUAAAUCCACUCUGUGAUUGUUCCACUUAGAAUCAACUUCUUGUAAAAUACGUUUAUCUAAUAUUCUCUCACUCCAUGAAUUAUUACAAACUUUUGUUAUCAAUUUGUAAGUUGCUCUCACUCCGUGCCUUAUUACAAAACUUUUGUUAUCAAUUCAAUGUCCUUGUCGUUCAUGUUUUUUAGCAUUUUCGGUGCGAUUUUAUCAAAUCCAGCCUCCGUACCUUUCCUUAAGUUUUUUAAUCAUUUCUUUUAUUUCUGCUAUACCUAUUUCGAAUGGGUUUUGGUCUUCUUACUCUAGCUCGUGUGCGGUUCUUCUGGGUUGCUGUCUACAACUUUUUGGAUGCUCUGUAGAUACGGGAAAUAUUGCUUCCAUCUAUCUAGGAUGUGAUCAUUGAUCAUUGUCAUGCAAUUGGCGUUCUUCUUUGUCUCUCAUUUGUUUUGGUGUUUGUGAAGACUUUUCUGUUCUUAUAUUCUUCAGGGUUUUGAAGAAAAACAAAAACAAAAAUAAAGAAUUAAUAUAUGUAAAAUAACUGUUCUGUAAGAAAUCCAUCGUCCUCCCAAAAUAUGUUCGUUUUCCAUCCAAUACUAAAAUACCUGUUCAUAGUUCAUAGUUUUCAAAUUGUACAGUAGGUAUUAAUUUUUCAUCAAAUAUAAUAUUUGUAUAUAAAUAUAAAAUUAUUUUUUAUCGUCGUGUUUUUGGGAAUUGAACAAUUUUGUAAAUUUUUUGACAUAUUGAUUUUUUUCAAUAUCAUUGGGUAGAAGAAUAGAUUUUUGAAAUAAUAAUAUGACUAUUAUAUAGGGUGUUCCAAAAGUAGUGGAACGGUCGAAUAUUUCGCGAACUAAACAUCGGAUCAAAAAACUGAGAAAUACGUGUUCAAUUAUUUUUAAAAAUCUAUCCAAUGACACCAAACACCAACCCCCACUACACCCCCUGGAGGUGGGGUGGGGGGUAACUUUAAAAUCUCAAAUGGAAACCCCAAGUUUUCCUUGCAGAUUUGGAUUCGUUACGUAAAAGUAAGCAACUUUUAUUAAAGACAUUUUUUCGAACUGUGGAUAGAUGGCGCUAUAAUUGGAAAAAACGAUUUAUCCUGAUACCAUAGGUAAAUUAUAGAAACGGUCUAAUAUCUCGAGAAAUACACUUCCAAAUGAGAAACCAAAAAUCAAGUUUUUAAUAUUUUUCGAAAACCUAUCGAUAAACACCAAACAUCAUCCUCUAACCCACCCUCUGGAGAUGGGGUGGGGGGUAAAUUUAAAAUCUUAAAUAGCAGCCCCCACUUUUUAUUGCAGAUUCGAAUUCGUCAUGAAAAAUUAAACCACAUUUAUUCGAAACAUUUUUUAAAAUUGCUGAUAGAUGGCGCUAAUAAAUCGUAUUUUUUCAAUUAAAGCGCCAUCUAUCAACAAUUCUAAAAAAUGUUUCGAAUAAAUGUUGCUUAAUUUUUCAUGACGAAUCCGAAUCUGUAAUAAAAAGUGGGGGUUGCUAUUUAAGAUUUUAAAGUUACCCCCACCCCCUGGAGGUGGGGAUGGAGGGUCAUGUUUAGUGUUAUUCGAUAGGUUUUCGAAAAGUAUUAAAAACCUUUUUUUUGGUUUCUCAUUUGGAAGUGUAUUUCUCAAGAUAUUAGACCGUUUCUAUAAUUUACCUAUGGUAUCAGGAUAAAUCGUUUUUCCCAAUUAUAACGCCAUCUAUCCACAGUUCGAAAAAAUGUCUUGAAUAAAAGUUGCUUACUUUUACGUAACGAAUCCAAAUCUGCAAGAAAAACUAGGGGUUUCCAUUUGAGAUUUUAAAGUUACCCUCCACCCCACCUCCAGGGGGUGUAGUGAGGGUUGGGGUUUGGUGUCAUUGGGUAGAUUUUUGAAAAUGAUUGAACACUUAUUUUUCAGUUUUUCGAUCCGAUGUUUAGUUCGCGAAAUAUUCGACCGUUCCGCUACUUUUGGGACACCCUGUAUGAUUUUAUCAACAAAGGUGCAAUAACUUAAUUAUAAUUGUAUGAUUAUAUAUCAAAUAGAGGAGAUAAGCAAUUCAAUUCAUAAAAUUAUAUAGAUAGGGCCGCUUUAAGUCUUACAUACGUUGCAGCAUAAUUUGCGAUUCUUAUCCAGUGGCGUAACAAACUCCGCCGGGGCCACCCGCAGUAUUGGAAAUGGGGCCCCCUUUAAAAAGUGCUAAAUGCGACUUGUGUAACGAAACUUAUAUGUGUUAUAGCCCAGUAAAUGAACGUGAAAUACGGCGAUACCGUGUAAUUUUUAGUGUCACCACCGUGACAAGUGGUCAAGUCAAUACAUUUCGAGGAGUUAUUUGCGAGUGAAAAAAUGUUUAUUAUUUAACAAAAAAAAAACACGUUUGCAGGCAGUUUUUUCGCAAAUAGCUCAAAAAGUAAAUAUUUAAUCGAAAAAAAAAUUCUUAACAAAAAUGUAGCAAAAAAAAAAGACAAAAAACAAAGUGUAGCUCAUAUAAAAUUGUUCUUAUGUGUCAAAUAUCAAAUCGAAUAUUUCAACCUGAAAUAAUCAAAAUAUGAAGCACUUUUCAGGGAAAACCCAUUAAAACUUUUUUAAAGCGUUUAAAAAAAGCUUUAUUUUUAUUUUUAUUUUUUAUAAGAGUUUCUACCAUCAAAACUAAGCGCUCAAAAUAAAGUUAACCCCUUUUUUUAUAAAAAAAUCUUGAAAAUCUCCCCCUAUUUAACACCCCAAAUGAAACUAAUCAUUACUGCUGUACAAAUUUACUUUAACUGCUUUACUUAAUUUUUUUGUAUAUAACCUGUAAGUUUUUCCUGUUCAAAGUGCUUAUUUUUGAAAGGGUUCUAGUUGAAAGGGCUUGAACGAGUCUUACACGAGUUGAGUCAAAUUUUUUGUCUUACAGAAAAACAAAAUUAAACCAAAAUAUUUAUAAAAGCAAAACCUACAUUUCUUUACUGUUUAAAAUUUUGCGCAUCACUAAUACUUUUUAAGUUAUUUUGAAAAAAGGGCAUUUUUCAUGGGGCAUGGUAUAAAACCAAAUUUUUUCAAAAAUAAGAACUUUGAACCGGUCAAACAUACAGGUCAUAUAAACAAAACAUAAUAUAAAGUAAAUGGUAAAGCGCCAACAUAAUUUUAUUUGGGGUGCUAAAAAUAGGGGGAGAUUUUCAUGAUUUUUUUUACCAAAAAUAGGGGGUUGACUUUAUUUUUAAAACAUAAAAAUAAAGUUCUUUUCACCAUUUAAGAAAAGCUUUAAUGAGUUAUCCCCGAAAAUUUCUUCAUUUUUUGGUUAUUUUACGUUGAAAUAUUCGAUUUGGAAUUGGACGAAUAAGAACAAUUUUUCAUGAGCUACAACUUUGCUUUUACUGUGUCGAUAGGCAUCAUGAAUACACCAUUUUUUUUAUAAGUUACAUUUUUGCUAAAAAUAUAAUUUUUUGAUAAUAUCUCAUACGAUAAAAUACUUAUUUUUUGAGUAAUUUGCGAAGAACCACCUGAAAACGUGUUUUUUUUUCGUUGAAAAAUAAGCAAUUUCACUCUCAAAUAUAUUUGACUUAAAUAAAGAAAUUCUAUAGAACAAAAAUUGCUUAUAAUUAGUCAAUUUAUCCAUUUCCGGACUUAUUUUAAACGUAUGUUUUUCACUCCCGAGAAGGAAUGUCUCUCACCCUCCAAGUAAAAGCAACCAACGGCACAAGUCCAACUUUAAGUGGAGGGUACGUAGAACCUAAAUUUAAAUUGUCAAGGAAAUUCGUCGUGACGCUGAUAAUUACACUCCAAAACGGUCAUUUACUGGGCUAUUAGUAUAUUCAUGCACGGUUUAUGAUAAUUUACCUUUUUCAUCUUUAUUGGUAUAGAAUAAAUUAGAACAAAAGUUAAUAAAUGAUUACAUUAUUACAUGCAUAGUAUUAUUCUAUGAUAUGAACAACUUUCUUCGUGAAUUACUAUCAGCGAAUAUAUUAUCUACAAUUUUAUUAAUACCUACAUAUCUAUCUGAUGGACAACUUCAUUUUCAAUACUACACUGCUUAGAAAACGUUGCGUAUGUAUGGUAAAAUAAUAUAACAAUAACAUAUUUUUACAUAAUAUAUUAGACAAAUGGGGCCCCUGACAUAUUGGGGCCCCCCGCAAGCUUCAUGCUGCGGAGGCCUCUGUUACGCAUCUGUUCUUAUCAAUGCAUUCCACGUGGCAAUCCUUUGUGACAAGCUGAAAAUUGACCUAAGACUAAAUGGUGCAACGCGUAUGUUUUGUAAGCUGAGCUUAAAGCACGUCUUAAGCUUAAGAUCUGUUGGUGCAACCAGACAUAAAUUACCUUCUAAAGUUUUUCUGUUAUUGAACAUUUUUCACGGUAGCUUUUUCUACUCAAACUUAAACUAAAUAUACAAUUGUUUCAUCGGUUUGUUUAUUUUCAAUAAAAGCCUUUAUUCUUCGCAACAAUAAAAAGCUUUUUCAAAAGAAUUAAAUAUUAUUUGAAAUACAUGGUGACUCCAUAUAAGUUGGAUUGCGUAUACUUAUUCAUAACUAGAAUUUAAUCACUAAAGGUUGAAAUGUGAAUAUGAAAAGUUCAUUUUGUAGGGCAAUCCGACAAUCUGAAAAUUUAUUUUUUUAAUUUUGAUAUUGUUAAUCUCCUCUAACAUAAAUAAAACCAAAUAUUGAACCAGUGUUAACUAUAAGAUGUACAUAUUUGUAAUAUAUAUGUUGAAUAUGAAAAAUC